AUGACGACGUUCCGUUUCUGCAGAGACUGCAACAACAUGCUUUACCCGCGUGAGGACAAGGAAGAACAACGGCUCCUGUUCGAGUGCCGGACGUGCACAUACGCCGAGGAAGCGGGCACGCCUCUGGUGUACCGGCACGAGCUGAUCACGAACAUCGGAGAGACAGCAGGGGUGGUGCAGGACAUCGGGAGCGACCCGACGCUGCCGCGGUCGGACAGGGAGUGCCCGCGGUGCCACUCGCACGACAACGUGUUCUUCCAGUCGCAGCAGCGGCGGCGGGACACGAGCAUGGUGCUCUUCUUUGUGUGCCUGGGGUGCUCGCACAUCUUCACGUCGGACCAGAAGAACAAGCGGACAACGUUUUCGUAG